UGUCAUUUGUCAAAAAUCAAAAUGUUUGUAAAAUGCAUCAAAAUUAAAAAGUCUUGAAAACUCCAUACCAUUUGCAUUGGUUUGUGUAAUCUUAAUGUAGGUGCUUUUUAAUUUUGUUGACAUCCGGAUAAGUUAGAAAUCAUGUAAACAAUUAACAAACUAAUGCAAGCAUAUUAACGUGAACAAACAGUAUUUAAAUUACUGUUAUAUGUGUGGCAAAUGCCCGUUUUAUUAAAACUUCACUAGUAUCUUCAUGUCAUUUUAAUGUGUUAAAGUUGGGUGCAAACAUGGUUAUGCGGAAAACAAUUUUUAUGAUAUGUUUCACAAGUGUGUGGAAUGGUGUGUGUGUUUUGGAGAACGGCUUGGCUCGCACGCCUCCCAUGGGAUGGAUGUCUUGGGGCUAUUACAUGUGCGGCGUGGAUUGCGAACGAUAUCCUGAUAAAUGUUUAGACGAGCGCCUUAUCUUAUCAGUAGUGGACUCUUUCUACAAUGAAGGCUACCAGGAAGCAGGCUAUGAAUACAUCAUUAUAGAUGACUGCUGGUCGGAGAAGCAGAGAGACAAGCACGGCAGGCUUGUACCUGAUGCAAAACGGUUUCCACAUGGCAUGAAAUACAUCGCUGAUUAUAUACAUGAACGUGGUUUAAAAUUUGGCAUGUACACAAACAUAGCAGCGAUAACGUGCAUGAAGUAUCCGGGCUCGAAGGACCAUUUUAAGGUCGACGCGAAGACCUUCGCUGAGUGGGGCGUCGACUAUCUCAAGGUAGACGGGUGCUAUGUGGGCGAAGACUACCUUAAUCAAGCGUACGUAAAAUUGGGAAGUCAUUUGAACGAGACUGGAAGACCGAUGGUGUAUUCGUGCAGUUGGCCGUACUACAUCGAGUUCAUCCACAAUAAAACGCCGAACCUCACGGCCGUGUCGGCGCACUGCAACAUGUGGCGCAACUACCACGACGUGAGCAACUCGUGGGGCGCCAUUAAGGCCAUCGCGAAAUACUAUGAGACCAACUACGAGAUACUGGCGCCCCACCACGGUCCCGGACACUGGAACGAUCCUGAUAUGCUGAUACUAGGCACAGGGUCCCUAUCGGAGAGUCAAACGCGGGUCCACGUGGCGGUGCACGCGAUGCUCUCCGGGCCGCUGCUGCUGAGCUGCGACAUGGGCCAGAUAACAAGUUACGAGAGGAGCUUGUUGCAGAACUUAGACCUCAUCGCUAUUAAUCAAGACCCGCUGGGCAUCAUGGCCAAACCUUACUCCCUACACGAGCCUGUGACAAUGUGGAUGAAGCCUCACUUUCCGAUGAAGGGCGACAUAUAUCCGUCCUACUCUGUCGCGUUCGUUAACAUGGGUGAAGAAGAUGGUGCUGUCUCUUUCGCACCUUCGCAGUUCGGAUUGAAUUGUACGGACGGCUACAGUGUUAUGGACGUAUUUACCGGAGUGUUUUUAAAAAACAUAACGUUAGAAGAUGAAAUAAAUAUAACCGUUCCUCCGGAAGAUGUAAUACUGUACUCACUAUUUCCGUUAUAAGAAGAAAAUCAAGAUAAUUACUAGAAAUCACAAGAAUUUGCUCAAAAUUACAAUAGUUAUUUAGGGAAAUCUUUUCUAAUAUAGUUGGUAUUUUGUAUUGAUUUUUUCUUGUUAUAUGCACAAUUUUCUUAUUUAUGUCUCAUCCUUAGACUAAGGUCUAGUAGCAGUGUAACGGCUGUCUAAUAGGAGUUCCUGGAUUCGAUUCUCAAGCCGAGUAAAAUUUUGUAAGAGGUUUUUCAGAAUAGCUUUAUGUCACGCAAGCUAUAAUUCUAAGUGAAAUCUUGUACAGCAUGCUUGAAAAGUUGUGUUGCGUUGGCUCCACAUGAGAGUAGGGUUCUAGUAGAAGGCUAUGUACUUAAUUCAUUAAAAAAAAAUCUUAUAAAAGUUAAGUUGUUUUUAAGUGUUAUAAUAAUACUUAUAUCUGUGGAAAAUGGUGCAGAUCAUGCAUUUGAUUAAAGAUUAUGUAAAUAUGUGUACCUAAUUUGUUAUAUACAAUUGUUUAUUUAUCCUAAUAAGUAAAAUAAAAUAAAUAUUCAAAG